GCGGAUCUGCGUCUCACAGGGAAGGAGGGGGUUGGCGGCGCGAGGCUGUCAUGGCGACUAACAUCGAGCAGAUUUUUCGGUCCUUUGUGGUUAGUAAGUUCCGGGAGAUUCAGGAGCAGCACUUCGGCAGUGGAAAGGUAGCUCAACAGAAUGGUGAAAUAAAUUCAUCUGAGCAAGUGAACUCUGCGAAUGAUACAGUUGUAUCAAUUGGAACUCUUCAGAAUGAUCCACUGGUACAGAAGAUAGAGCAAGUACUAUCAGAGGUCUUGGGUGCAGAAUCACAGUACAAAACAGAUGUUGAACUGGAAACAGUGAAAAAUAAGUCUCGUUCCACUAAAAGAGGCAUACCUGAUGAAGUGCAAGAUGAAACUCCAAGAAAAAAGUCUAAAAAGGAUAAGAAACACAAAGACAAAAAGAAGAAGAAAAGAAAGAAGGAGAAAAAAGAGAAAAAAUAUAAGAAGCAGUCCAAAGAAUCAAAAUUAAGCUCUGAUCACAAAGGAUGUGGAGAUAUACAGCCUGAUUCUCAUUUGAAUCCAGAAAGCUUAGUGUUGAGUGCAGAGAAUGUGGAUAUAGGACCUGCAUCUCUCUUUAUGGAAAAAACUGUGUAUGAAAACCUAAACUCAUCUUUGGCAAAUUCACAUGAUACAUCUAAUCCAGAUACCAGCAAACUGGAUGUAUGUGAAGAAGAUUCUGUUUUGAUCAAUAUUCAGGAGAUCUGUGAAGUACAGCUAACUAAUGAAAGAGAAUUGGAAACCUGCCAGCAUACCAACCUGCCUGUGCAUUUGCAAGUAGAGGAUGAGGAUGAAUCUUUAAAUACUGCUGAUGUUGAAAGUGAUGAUAUUUGCAUGGCCAGGGUUGCAGAGACUGAUAUAAAAGAAAUGGAAAAGCCAGAGUCUUAUUCAGCAUUGCAGACUGCAGAAAAUAUAAAUGUUUCCGAGAAUAGUCUGAAGCAUGCGUGUGCAGGGCUAGAAAGCUUGGAAACAAGGGUGGAGCCUUUUUCAGUGGAAGUAAAAGAGUUGGACUUUGUCUCAGAAUCUUUGAAUCCAGAAAUCAUAACACAACCGGAAUCAACUUCAUUUGAAAAGACUGGGUGUAAAUUCAUGAAAAGUCCUUUGGAGACCGUUGGAGAAGCCAAGGAUUCUGUAACAACGUUGGGAUUUUUGGCUAUGGUGGUAGGGAAAGAUUUUGAAGCAACUUCAGAAUUUUUGAAUAAAGCAAAGGUGAAAGCUUCUGAAACUAGUCUAAAAGAUGAUGCACUUACAGAUAUGAAAGAUGAAUUACAGCAAAAUACUGAAAGAAAUGUCAUGAUGAAAGAUUUGGGGGGGAAAGUAUUGACACAGUCUAGAAUAGAGAUGAAAGAUUUGGAAAGCUUUCCUGAAUCUGUGUGUACAGUCACUGAAAAAGAUCCUAAGUUCUCUCUAGCACUUAAACCUAAGAUUUGGCCAGAAGAUUCAGAAAGAAUUACAGAAUCUGAUGAAUGUAAAUGCAUUGGAGUGAUUGUUGAUGCUGAGACAAUGGGAGAGGUGAGAGAACUAAAAGAAGCAGAAACUUCUACAAUUGUAAUGGAACUAAAAGAUCCACAGAAAUCUCAGAAGUCUCUUGAAAUUGUAGCAGAUACGAAAGAUUUCAAAGGAAUGCCAGAAUUGGAGGUUAGGACUGAUUCUGGAGCAUAUCUUUUGGCUACAGAAGUAGAAACAAAAAAUUUGGAAACUGCUACAGAAUUUGAGGAGGUGGAUGAGAGAUGUUCAGGAGCAACACCUGUAUGUCAGUCAGAAAAAGAAAAAUGGGAUGUUAUUCCAGAUACUCUUGAAACAGUAUGUCUGAAGAAUCUAGACAGUUUUUCAGAACUUGCAGGAUCUAUUCCAAUUAAUUAUUUGGAAGCAUCUUUAGAAACUGCAGUGAAUGAGAGGGGAGAUAUGGCUGUUGUUGAAGUUACUAAAGAUUCUGAUACUGUAGUUGAAGUGAAAGUUUCUGAAAGCAUUCCAAGAUCUGAAACAGUUCCAGAGAUCAAUGAUUCAGAAACAGCUGCAGAAACUCUGGAUAUAGCAAAAACUCAAUACCUGGAUGUUUCAAAGCAUGUAGCUGUGACAGAUACAGAAAGUGAGACUGUGGUCAAUCUUAAGGAUUUGAAAAAAGUUCCAGAAGAAUGUUCAAUGACAUUGAAAAAAUUAGAAACUAUUUCAGAAACUUUUCAUAUGACAGAAAUGAAACAUGUGAAAGAUGUUUUACAGUCUGAUGUGGUGGCACAAAGAGAAGAUUCAGAAAUUAAUCUUAAGCCUGGUGAUGGAGAAGAGAGAGAUUUAGAUGCUGCCUCAGAAUCACUACAUAUGAUAUUUACAAACUAUUCAGAACACAGUCUUGAGCUUUACACAGAACCUGAAGCUAUGAUGGAGUUGAAAAAUUCAGAAAGAACUCCAGAAUUGCUGCACAUGGAGGAUGCAAACAACUCUGAAGCAUUAAUUACUGGGGAAGUCAAACACUUAAAAAUUGUUGAAUCUACAGCAGUAACAAAGCUAAACGAUUUAGAAAAAAAAAUAGAAUCUCUGGACAGAGAUGUGAAAAAUAGGGAUGAAGAAUCUAAGGCAGUGACUGAUGUGAAAUAUUUGGAAACACUUGUGCCAUCUGGAGCUGUGCCCAAAGAGACAAACCUUGAAACUGUUUCUCAUUCUGUGACUGAAAUAAAGGAGAAGGCAGCCGAUACUACUGGGGAUAUGGGGAGGAGCCAGAACACUGAUGAGACAGUCAGUUUGGAAAUGGGAUCCCAGAAGGUAAAAAGCAUAACAGGAAAAGAGCUACCUGCUGAGAUUAAAGGCCCAUUUUUUAUUUCAGAGUCUUUCCAAGAGGUGAAUAUUGUAAGUUCAGAAACAACUCCAGAACUAGAUUCCAUAGCAGUGAUACAACAGCUAAAAGAAAUGGAAACAAUUACACCUGUUUUGGAUGUAGACAGCCCUAAUAAAACUCUUGGACUGCAGACAUCAGACCUCAUUGAUCCAAGAGAUUCUUCUAAACUUCUGAAUGCUGUAGAAGAAUAUGAAUCUAUUUCAGGCCACCAUGCAGUACAAAAUCUAGAAUCUUUGCAGCAUGUGAAAACAAAAGUCAGAGAAAUAAAUUUAGGUUCUCAGCAUUCUCUGGAAGUCAGAUACUCAGCACCCAGUCCAGAACUUCUAUUUCCAGAAGAAUUAAGUAAUUUGCAAGAAAAACAAAAAUUGGAAGAAAGCACAGAAGCAACAAGUUUUACAGCAGUUCCGGAUUCUCCAUAUGCAUUAGAAACUGAUCUGAUUGAUGCUUCAGAAUCUGGUGAUAUUAAUGAGGUCAUGGUUUCAGAACAUAGCUCCGAAUCUAUGGCACAGACAAAUUCAGAUAACUUUCGGAAAUCUUUGUAUGUGAUACAGCUGAAAGAUUCAAAAACAGUUUCAGAAUCUAAGAUAAUGGAUGCAAAGGACUUGGAGAUUGAUUCAGAAUCUUCCCACAGAGGGGGUGCAGAAACUGAAGAUCUCCCAGAAUAUGAAUCAGUAGCAGCAUCACAGGCCUUGGAAAUUAUUGAAGAAUGUCCAAAGAAAAAUGAAAUGCAAGAAUCAAAUACAGCAUUUGGAAAUAAAACAUUGACUGUUCCAGGUUUGGAAGUGGAUUCAGAAACUGUGUGUGUUAUGGAUAUUGAAAAUUUGGAAGUUAAAAAACAAGUAGUUCCAACAUCACUGUUUACAUAUGAAAUGAUAGGUAUAGAAGCAACUCCUAUCCCUGUCUGUGCAGCGGAGCAUAAAGAAUUCAAAACAUCUGAAAUCAUUGAAGCAGCAGUUGAAGUAAAACAUUUGGUAGCAUCAACAUCAUCUGUAGAAGUAGUGAAAGAAACUUUUGACCCUACUUGUGUAACAGAUAGAAAAGACUCAGAAGCAAAUCAGAUAUGGGAAGCAAAUCUAGAAUCAGUGGACAAAAAAGAGGUAGAUACUGAAUUUGAUCAUGAAGCAGCUCCAAAUGGUUCAGAAAUCUUUAAAAAACAUAAAACUAUUGUAGUCACAGGCGCUACAGAAGGCAUAUUGCCAGCUAUAAACACAGCAGAAGGAAAGGAACCUGGAACAGAUCUAAAACCACAAGCAGCAUUGGUUAAAACAUAUACUGAAUCAGUCUCUGAGUCUGUGAAAAUUUCAGAGACAGAAGAUUAUGAUGCAACAGUGUCUUUGUUUAUGGUGGAUAUAAAAGAUUCAGAAACAAGUUCCGUCUUUGUAGAUGCUGGAGAGGUGAAGACUUUAGAAGCAACAGUGCCAGUUGAAACAACUCCAGAACCUAUCUGUGUGUUGGAACUGGGGAAUUCAGAUGAUGUGGAGUCUGUACUUACAACAGAGAUGAAAGGUUUAGGAGAGACGCUGAAUUGUGAAGUAAUAUUGGAAGCACAAGAUUCCAUACCUAUUGUAACAAAUCUAAACACAUCAGAAUUAAAGUCUUCAGAGUCUGUGUGCAUACCUGAAGUUAGAGACUCUGAAAGGACAGUAGAACUAAGAACUACUCCAACAUAUCUAAGUUCAACAGAUUUGAAGUCUUCUGACAUGACUGCAGAAAUGAAAGCAUUGGAUAUGAUUGAUUCUGAAACUCCUCUUAAAUCAGAAACGGAAGUUAAAUAUUUUGAAUCAGUUUCAGAAACAGAUCAGGUGCUGGAACCAUUUCACCACAAAGCUGUUCCAGAAUCUGAAUGCAUUUCAGAGGAGAAAUCAUCAGAAACAACUUCAGAGGUUGUCUGUAUGAAACUGAAGGGACUUCUGGAAACAACACCAGAAUCUAAACGUGCUCAUGAAAUAAAAGAUUUAGAACCUUUUGCUGAAUCUGUAUGCAGGGGGCAGGCAACAGGCAUGGAAGAAAAUCUCAUAUAUGAAGAAGUGCUAGAUGUUUCAGAAACCACUCCACAGUUUUCAAGCAUUGUGGAAAUAGAAGACUUCAAAGCUACUGCUUCAUCUAUGGUUCCAGAAAUGGGGAAAGAGUCAGAAAAAAAAUUACCGCUAUAUUAUGACGAAAAAUGUUCAGAAACAACUACAAAAAUUACACGUGUGCCAGAUUUAAUGGUUACUUAUGCAGAUGUGGAGCCAGUCUCCAGAGUAGAGGGAAAGUAUUCAGAACCUACUGCAGAAGUGGCAUGUGUAGUGAAUACUGAAAAUUCAGAGGCAAAUUCAGGAUUUAUAGGAAUAACAAAGUUGAAAGAUACUGCAAAAUCUGAAACUGAUCCAGAACUUGUGCAGUUAAAAGAUCUUGAAAACAUUCCUAAAUGUGAGUCUGUCGGCAAAGUAAAAGAGCUACAAGUUUUCCAGUCCUCUAUUGAUAAAGAAGGAACGUAUUUUAAAGAAAACUCAAAAUCCCCAUUAGUUUUGGAGAGUCAGCAUUUGGAAAGAGAAUCAGCUUCCGUGCUUGUGCCAGAAAUUGUCUCUGAAGUAUCUCUGAAAUCUAUUUAUGCUAUGAAAGCAAAAGACUCUGAAGCAGCUCUUGAAUACAUGAAAGUAAAGGGUGUAGAAGUUUCAAAGCAAAAUUCAGAAUUUAUAUGUGUGGGAGAGAAGAAAGAUUUGGAACCAGCACCAGACCAUACAGCAUUAGCCCAAGCUAAGAAUUCUGAAAUGUUUUCAGAAGUCACUUUGGAGGUAAAAAAUUUGGAAGCAACUUCAGAAUCUUUGUCAUUGAUGAAGGAAAAAGAUGCAGAAGUGACUAUACUGAUGUCUUCGGAGGAGCAACUAUUAAAAGCAUCUCUAAAACCUGUAUGCAUAGCAGAAGAAAAUAAUUUGGCAGCAAGUCAACAGGUAACUGUGGAGGUAAAAGAUUUAGAAGCUGCACUUGAACCUGCGGUCAUGACAGGAAAAGACCUGGAAGCCCCUUCAUGUGAGUCUUUGAAGGAUAAACAUUUAGAAGCUGUUCCAAAGUCUUCAGAGAUAAUGAACGAAGAGGCUGGAAGCAUUUCAAAAGACAGAAAAAGUGAAAAAAUAAGCAGCAAAAGUAAAGAUAAAAGUAAGAGUGGGAAAAAAGCUAAAAAGAGUAGGUCAAAAUCUCCUUCCAAGCCAAAAAAACGUAAAAAAAAGUCUAGAUCACGUUCCACCUCUAGACAGAUGUCUUCAAGAAGAGCACGUUCUAGAAGCAAGAAUGAUGCAGAUUCCCGUAAAAAGCAUUCUACCUCACGUCGUAAAUCUAGGUCAAAAUCUGUUGAGAGAAAAGAGGGCAAAGAAAGUUCACUAAGAUCUAGACGGAGACGUUCUCGGACUUCUGAUCAUCACAAAUCUAGAUCUAAAUCAGUUGACAAAAGAGAAACUUCACUGCGGUCAAGGCGGAGACAGUCUAGAUCUUCUGAUCGUCGGAAGUCUAGAUCCAAAUCUGUUGACAGAAGAGAAUCAACCAGGACAAGACGAAGAUUGUCGAGAUCCUCUGAUAAUCACAAGUCUAGAUCUAAAUCUGUUGAUAAAAGAGAAACUUUGGUAAGAUCAAGAUGGAGACGAUCUAGAUCUUCUGAUCAUCAUAAGUCUAGGUCACGAUCCAUUGACAAAAGAGAAGCAUCAACAAGGACAAGGAGGAGACGAUCAAGGUCCUCAGAUAAUCACAAAUCUAGAUCCAGAUCAAUUGACAAAAGAGAGACUUCAGUGAGGAGAAGGCGAAGGAGAUCCAGAUCCUCUGAUAAUUAUAAAUCUAGAUCCAAAUCUGUUGAUAAAAGGGAGUCUCCAGUAAGGUCAAGGCGAAGAAGGUCUAGGUCCUCUGAUCAUCAUAAGUCUAGAUCCAGAUCAGUUGAUGACAGAAGAGAAAUUUCAGUGAGAACAAGGCGAAAACGGUCCAGAUCCUCUGAAAAUCAUAGAUCUAGGUCCAAAUCAACUGACAAAAGAGAGUGUUUGAGGACAGGGCGAAGGCGAUCCAGGUCUUCUGACAACCGCAAAUCUAGAUCGAGAUCAGGAGACAAAGAAAUACUGAGGACGAGGCGAAGGCGGUCCAGGUCCUCUGAUCAUCGUAAAUCUAGAUCUAAAUCUGUUGACAAACGGGAAUCUUCAGUGAGAGCACGGAGGAGACGAUCCAGAUCCUCUGAUAAUCGCAGAUCUAGAUCUAAGUCUGUUGACAAAAGGGAGACUUCACUGAGGACAAAAAGGAGACGAUCUAGGUCCUCUGAUAAUCGCAAAUCUAGAUCUAAAUCAGUUGAUACAAGAGAGACUUCCACAAGAACCAAAAGCCGGCGAUCUAGGUCAUCUGAUAAUCGCAAGUCUAGGUCUAAAUCUGUUGAUAAAAGAGAGACUUCAGCAAGAGAAAAAAGUAGACGAUCUAGAUCUAAAUCUGUUGAUAAAAGAGACACUUCAGUACGAGCAAAAAGGAGACGUUCCAGGUCCUCUGACAAUCGCAAAUCUAGAUCCAAAUCUUCUGACAAAAGAGAGACUGUAGCAAGGGCAAAAAGAAGACGGUCCCAGUCUUCUGAUAUCCGUAAAUCUAGAUCUAAAUCUGUUGACAAAACAGAAGUUUCAGCAAGGUCAAAAAGGAGACGAUCCAAGUCAGCUGAUCAUAAAUCUAUAACAAAAUCUGGUGAAAAAAGAGAGUCUUCCCUGAAGUCUAGACAUAGAAGAUCAAAAUCAUCAGAUCGCCAGAAGUCUAAAUCAAAAUCCAGGUCCAAAUCCUCUGAAAGAAGAAAGGACAAAGACUCUUUAGCUGGGUCAAAAGAAAAGAGCUCCAAAUCUAGAUCAAAGUCCAAAUCUCCUGAAAAAACAGAAGGAACUGAAUCUUUGGAAGCAUCUGUGUGUAAUCGUGCAAAAUCACCUGAACACCCCAAAUCUAAAUCUAGGUCCCGGUCUAAAUCUCUGGAUAAAACAGAAAACAGAGAGAGGCUGAGAAGAUCAAGAAGUAAAUGUUCAGAACCCAGAUCUCACACCCAUAGAACAGUAUCACGCUCUAGAAGGAAUCGUUCUCGGUCAUUAACACGGAAGAGGUCCUCAAGAUCAAAAUCUGAUCCCCGCUCACGAUCCCGCUCACGAUCAUGUUCAAGACGCUGGAGAAGGACAAGAUCAAGAUCAGUGUCAAGGCUGCGAUCUUUAUCAAGAGAGAGACGUAGGAGAUCUCGGAGAAAUCGAUCUAGGUCUGUUGACAGAAGAAGGAGAAGGUCAGAUUCAAGAGACAGUUACAGAAUAACUCUCAGAUUACGGUCCCGAAGUAGAACGCCUGUGCGCCUGGGUACAUCUAGAUCCACUGGGAGAAGACGAAGCUCUAGUGUGUCACCUGACCAUCGGAGAUCCAGGUCUUCAAGCAGGUCACCUAAACGACUAACUGAUUUGGACAAGGCACAGUUACUUGAAAUAGCCAAAGCAAAUGCAGCUGCCAUGUGUGCCAAGGCUGGUGUGCCUCUGCCACCAAGCCUUAUGCCUGUUGUCACACCAGAAAAGAAAGAAGAAAAAGUUACCCAAAAAUCAGCAAAAGAGACAAUAAUGGAACUCACUGAGAAAUGCAAGAAGAUUGCACAGAGCCAAGAAGAUGAUGUGAUUGUAAAUAAACCUCAUGUGUCUGAUGAAGAGGAAGAAGAACAUCCUUUUAUUAAUCACCCCUUUAAACUCAAUGAGCCCAAACCUAUUUUUUUCAACUUAACUACUCCUACCAUAAAGCCAGCUCCUCCGAAAAAUCAGGUUACUUUGACAAAGGAGUUUCCUGUCUCUUCUGGAUCUCAACACAGAAAAAAAGAAGCAGAUAGUGCAUAUGGAGAAUGGGUUCCAGUUGAGAAGAACAAAGAGGAGAACAAAGAUGACGUCUUCCCUAACCCAGCUACUCUGGAGCCUGUGGACAUAUCCUCUGCACUGAAUGAGCGGACAAUAGCCCAAAAGAGGCUUACUGAAAAUACUUUUGAUCUGGAGGCAAUGUGCCUGUUAAAUCGUGCGCAGGAACGGAUUGAUGCCUGGGCUCAGCUGAAUUCUCUACCAGGCCAGUUUACAGGAAGUACUGGCGCGCAGGUCUUGUCUUCAGAACAGUUAUCCAACAGUGGUCCUCAGGCUUGGAUUAAAAAGUACUGUGUCCCCCUUCAGGAUCUAGAUUUCAUCCGGAGGGCCUUGACUGCGCUGACCAUACAUGAUUGCUGCAAUGAACAAGAGUCCUGCUGCUGAGAGUGCCCAGGUGAAAAAAUUAUAGGAGAAGGGGUAGUACUUCAUUGGUGUUGGACUAUAAUAAUGAUCUUCCCUUACUUCAGAAGUCAGUGACUGCCAGUAUUAAUGUCUCCUGAGAGCAAUGCAAGAUCCACCAACAAAGUAAGCAUCUCCUUGUAAAAACAAACAAGGGAAUUGGGGGCAGGGGGGACAGACAUUUUAAUUUCACUUAGAAGCUGGGCUGAUAGAUUUCUGAAGUUUGGUUAUGAAAAUUGCCUGCUAAUUCUGGAUUUUGUCAGAAGGCUUAAAUUGAUGGAUUUCUGAUAAUUUUAUUGUAAUCUGAAAAUAGCUUUCCAGAAUCUGCAUGUUUACUGUACCUGCAAGUUAAAAACAGAUUGGGAUAUAUUAAAUUCAUGAUUUAAGUUAAGGCUGAUUGUGAACUGUCACAAAGGACCUCUCCUUUCUGUUGAUAAUAUAUUUUAGGGCUGGACUGUUUCAUUUUCAUAUCCAGACACACAUCUACAAAAACACAGAUAAUCAGCUAUUUUUUAAGAUGCAUUUCUGCCAUUCUGAUUGCAGAAAAUAACUUGGAAAAAUGGGAUGCACCAGCUCUGAAGACCAAAGUGAGCUGGUAUGGAAUCCUGUGAUCUAGAAAUAGGACCUAAGUGCCUUGUACAGCUCCCAGUUUCUUCACUUUACUCUCACGUUAUUAGCUCCGAGACUCUAAACUCAGUGGGUUGGAUCCUACGGAUCUGUUUCACUAGGCAUGGUGUAUUCCUUUGGUGUGAGGAACCUUCCACUUAUGCAAGAGGCUCUUCAGAUAUUCCUGUGUCAGUAAGAAGGCUUCUUGCACAGGAGGAAGGUGCUGCUGUUACUGGAACAGGUUCGUGUGGUCCAACUCAGUGAGCUGAAACUUAGAACCUAAAUCAUUAUUCAAAGUAAAUAUGUGCAACUUAAUUUGAGCGCAGAAUAUUGGAUUUCAUGAUGCCAAAUUUGGCUUCACUGCCUCCUCCUUGUGCUUGGUGAUCUCUUGAGUUCUGUUACAGGUGCAAAUACAGGCAUAGAGAAUUCAUUCUGACUUUGCUUUCCCCCCUUCCAUGUUCACCCACCAUUUUAUUGUGGCUGUCUAUUCAAUAAAAUCAAGUGUCAUUGGGCAAGUUGUUUACAUGUGGCCACAAGAAGUGCUGGUGACUGCAUAUGAGAAGCUCUGAUUUGGGUCAGAGUAGAUGAUCUGUCUGCUAGACAGCAAUAUAAUUAAAGUUUUAACUUCUAACUGUUAUUAUAGGCUAUGCAAAUACACUCAGUAGCAGACAUGGUCUGCUCACUGUAGUCCAUUGUUCUGUGUUUUUCUUAUAGGUAUUCACCCUUGCACCCAGGAUUGGGUAUUCUUGGAGUUCCCAUUUGUGUGGGCUUUUCUUGGCAUUGAAUGAAUCUGGUAAAUUGUAAUUUCUUACCUCUUUGGUUCCUAACCCUUCAUGUGCCAAUCUAGACAUCACAAAGGACUUCCAUUUUUUGGUGUUGAUUUCUCUUUCUAGAAGUUCUUGCUGUUAGAUGUUUAUUAGGUUGUAAUUGCAUGUUCUGUAAACUUAAUGUGGAUCAACCUUCCCCAAACUCAUAUAGAGGAAAUGGGAUCAUCAGAGCUUGGCUCUGACUGUUAGUGGGAGAGCUAAAACACACUUUGGCAUAAGAGGAUCUGAAGAUUCACAGAGGAGAAAUUGCCAGAAAGCAACAUAGUAAAUAUUGGAAUGAGAAUAACACACAUUACAAAUGCUAUUGGAUAGCUAACAGAAAUAAAGAUACAGGUUUCCAUUUCUGUCUUUUUACAAAAUGCAGCAAAAUAGAACAGCACUUGGUAGAUGAGUUUUAUUUUGAACUAAUCUUUGCUGUUAAAAUUAUACUAUAGAAUAUUUUAAUAUUUAGAAUACUUUGACUCUCGGUCUUGCUUAGAUCAGGAAUACUUAAUUCUACUUUGCUGUACUAGUCUAAUUUGUAUCAACACACAAGAAGUACUUUGUAUGAAUUCUUGCAAACUGGGUGCAGUUGUUAACAGUAACAUUCCUUUAGGAGCAGAGUGAAAGAGAGUUUUUUUCCCCAUAGUUACGCUGUGAAUUAAUGUCCAAAUCGAAUUGUGCUUCUGUCAUUUCAAGCAUUUCUUCAAUUUCCAUAUGAUGCUCAGAGAGCUUCGUAUACAGCGUAUAACUAUCUGAAGCUUCCCUAAAUUUGCUAAUGCUGUUUCAGUGUGAAGGGUUUCUGUGUUGGCAGCUGCCAUGUAAAAAUACAGAAAAUUAUUUGAGCUGGAUUUCUUUUCACAUCUCACUGCAGUUAGGAAAUAUUCUGAAAUAUUUUUUUUAUUACUUAUAGGCUUUAAAGGCUUAUUUGGAUGCCAUAGAAUCAGGAAAUAAAACUAGUUGUGUCAACUGUGCUGCAUUUGGUAGAUUUAUGAGAUGCAGUCCAGAGGAGGCAUUUUGAAGUUCCAUUGAAAUCAGUGGCAUUUAAAUGCAUAGGUUCCAGUAGGACUUAACGGCCAACCCCUAUACUUUUUUUGGAUUCUCCCUUAAAAAUACAGAAGCAUGAUACACACUGGAUUGGCUAACUUAGAAGCUAAUGUUUCCAUAGCUGCUUUUCAAAGUUGAAUUGCAAAAAUAUUACCAAACUUCAAUAUAUCCUUUUUGGGUUUAAGAUUGUGUUUUCUUGCUUUUAAACCUGAAAAAGGCUAUUCUUAUCUCCCCCCCCAAUUAUUUUGGAAAGGGUGUGGUAAAUAUCUGCACUCUUUGAAAGACUUUGUCAAAAAUUAGGUCUGUGUCGUCUUUGUGAACUGGGUGCACAUUGGUGAUGAAACAGACGAUGCUGAACAUUCUAUCAUUACAAAGCAGGUACAAAAGAGGAGUCGGAACCCAGGGUGACAUUGGGGUUUGUAUCAUUCUCUGCAUGGGUUGCCCUUUUCUAAUGAGAGGUUCCUGGAAAGGAGAGGGAGGAUGAAAAUGGAAGUAAGUAAAAGCCAUUGAAGGUGUAUCAACUUCAGGCAGUUGGUAUCUGGCAACAGCUAAUGUGUCUCUGUGUGUAUACAGACUGCAUGGCUUGCAUUUUAGUGAUAGAGGUAAUGCCUGCCUCAUUCUACCUUUUCCUUAUAUCAGAGCACCUUCUUCUGCAGAACAAAAUGUACAGGUAUUAUAGCUGAAACUGAUGUUACGUGUGUUCUGGAAAUUCUACCUUUUGAUUUCUUAACAUCAGGAAAUGGGGAGCUUGAUUCAUAUUGCCAAGGAUAUGUGUCGUAAUUGUGAUGAAGAGCAAAACAUUCAUUAAACUUAUUUAUGCUCAUUAUUUGCUUUUGCAGUCUUUUCUCAGUAAAAAUUAAAACCCAGAUUGAAAGUAAAUAAUUACUUGAUUUGUAGGUUGUAUCUUACAAAAGACCACAUGAGAAUAAUGACUCUUUUUUCAUUACCAAUGUGUAUUUUUAAUACUAGCAGUUUAUUGCAUUGGGUCAUUGGGUGGAGCAGAAAAGAGAGAUGAUAGUUCACAGAAUAGCCUGUGAACUUUCACCCCUCUAUAUGGACACUUGUUUCAGGGCCAAAUCUGCCUUGUUGUAGCUGCCUCCUUGCCACGGUCAUUGCCAGCCCUACUAUUCACAACACUGCGGCCAUCGCGGCCUA